AUGUUGGCUUCAGACGUUCUUCACCCCGCAUUGGGAUAUGCCGGCUACCUCUUCCUGACUUAUAUACUGCGUCUCCUUGGCUAUCGCCUCCUGUUGCAUCCCCUGCGCGACUAUCCGGGUCCGUUCUUGGCCAAGUUGACCGGACUCCAUGCGGGCUUCUACGCUGUGCGCAGGCGACUCCAUCUAGAGAUCUAUCGGAACCAUGUGCAAUACGGCCCUGUAGUCCGCGUCGGGCCGGACCGACUGGUGUUCAACAGCGUCACCGCUCUACACGACAUCUACCAAAGCGAGCGCAUCACCGAGUCCCGCGGGUACGUGACCACAGCGCGAAAUAAUGUCUUCAAUGUCUUCAAUGCACUGGACAGGGACCUGCAUCGCCAGAAGCGACGACUCGUUGGCCUGGCCGUCUCGGAGCGCUCAAUGCGUGCUUUCGAACCGACGCUGAUGAGCCACGUUGACAUAUGUCUGAGUCAGAUGCUCGAGUCGAGCCGGAACUCUAGCUCAGUCGACAUGACCGCGAAAGCUAGACAUCCAGGGCUGGAUAUCGUCGGGCAGCUUGCGUUUGGCUAUGACCUUCGCAUCCAGACUUCUGAGGAAAAUCGAUUCAUGAUGAAGGCGAUGACGUUCGGCAACUAUCGCGGCAAUGUGUACCAACACCUUCACUGGCGUUCCAAGCUCUACCCCACCCCGAUUCUUGACAAGGUCUUCUACGAGGCGAGGGAGAAGUAUUAUCCCCUGCUGGAAACAAUGAUAUCUACUCGCGUCGCCCAGGACAAGCAUGCUAAGCAUGACUUGUUCUCCUUCGUCGCUGAAUCAGUCAAGAGCACUGAUCGGGGUGGCGAUCUGUGGCAAGAGGCCCUGUUCUUUAUACUAGCAGCAGGAGACACGACGGCCACCGCAAUCUGCGCCGCGUUUUUCUAUAUGUCCCGCAACCCGGAGUGUUACAAGAAGCUUGCCUCUGAGAUCCGCUCUGCCUUUGAGACCGGUCUCGAUAUCAAGAGCGGUCCUCAACUUGCGGGCUGUCGCUAUCUGCGCGCCUGUAUCGACGAGUCCAUGCGAAUGUCACCGCCCGUGGGGACUACGCUCCGAGAACAAGACAGUCGAGAUGGCGAGACCCAGCCUCUGAUCGUCGACGGACAUGUCAUCCCGCGAGGCACGCUGGUUGGCGUGAACAUCUAUGCUCUACACCACAAUCCGGAGUACUUUCCAGACCCGUUCACCUUCAGCCCGGAGCCUUGGAUCAUCCCGUGGUCGGAGGGCGCUGCAGGCGAGAAAGCUCGCAAGCUUAUGCACGACGCGUUUGCCGCUUUUUCUGUCGGAACACGGGGGUGCGCGGGCAAAGCCAUGGCUUACCUCGGGGGGCUCUCAGGGGGAUGGGUAUUGGAAGCAUGGCUUGCUCCGUUUCAGGAACAGACGCGGAGGCUGAUUUGCAUACUUGACUACUGCUCAUCUCAGACGUGCGGCGCAACAAUCUAG